AGCGGGGGCGGCGGGCUGAGCCCAGGCGGCGGACCAGCGCUCUCCGCCGCCCAGCGCCAUGGCCCAGCAGCAGCCGGCCACCUCUGAGGGCCCCGAGGCGGUGGAGGCCGGAGCUGGGGCUGCCGGCCCGGAGCUGCCGGCGGAGAGCAGCCCCGUGCAGAUCCGAGUAGCCGUCCAGGCGGCCGCGGAGGGGCCCGAGGAGGAGGAGGAGGAAGAGGAGGGCGGCGGCCCGCCGUGCCUGGCGGCGCGGGGCGGCGGCAGCUGCAGCGAGGAGGACGCGGGACGGUGCGGCCGCUCCAGUGGUGGGGAAAAUGAUGAUGACUCUGACCUGAACUGGAAGCCACCAGAAAAUGACCUGAUCCAGAAGUUAAUAGCACAGAUUGAGUAUUACUUCUCAGAUGAAAACCUCGAGAAAGAUGCCUUCCUUCUAAAGCAUGUGAGAAGAAAUAAGAUGGGCUAUGUCAGUGUUAAACUCCUCACUUCUUUUAAGAAGGUGAAACACCUUACCCGUGACUGGAGAACCACAGCCUAUGCACUGAAGUACUCAAACACUCUUGAGCUCAAUGAUGAUAACAGAAAGGUCAGAAGAAACACUCCAGUUCCAGUGUUUCCAAGUGAAAACCUCCCUACCAGGAUGUUACUGGUGUAUGAUAUCCACAUGAUUUCUGAGCUGCAGGCUCUCAACAAACAUCAAGAAAAUGGAUGCAUGCAAGAAAAGAUAAUGGAGCAUCUCCUCAAAGCCUUUGUAACUUUUGGUGUGAUUUCAUCAGUUCGCAUUGUAAAGCCUGGCAGGGAUCUACCACCCGAUAUCAGGAGGGUCAGCAAUCGGUACACCCAACUGGGAACUCAAGAAUGUGCAAUUAUAGAAUUUGAAGAAGUAGAUGCUGCUGUACGUGCUCAUGACUUCAUGUGUGCUGAAAAGAAAGAGACCGGCAUGAAAGCUGUCCUAAUAGGCAUGAAACCUCCAAAGAAAAAAGUUCCCAAAGACAAGAACUGUGAUGAAGACACCAGCAGGAGUCUGAAGAAGGCUAGGUCCCUUAAUAAGAGAGUUGAGGAACUUCAGUUUGUUGGUGAUGAAUCUUCAGCAAAUAGCUCUUCUGACCCAGAGAGUAACCCUACGUCACCAUUGUCAAGACGCAGAAGUACUGCAACAAAUUCUAUGAGUAACUUGAGCCCCGUCAUUCACCCAAACAACCAUUUGAGUCCUAAUGUGUCACCCAGAACAAGUCCUUGGAACAGUCCAUCUUCACUAAGAAAAGUAACCAAAAAGUCUCCGCUGGCUGAAGACAGCAAGCUGAACCUAAGCACCAGCCCUGAAAUUCCCCAGAAAUGUACAGAUUACUCCUCAGAUAGCAGCAUCACUCCCUCUGGUAGCCCCUGGGUACAGAGAAGAAAAGCUCAAACUGUAGCAGAAGACAAGAGUCCUGUCAGUAGCCCCAUGUUGGCUCGGAAAAUACAAAAUGCAGAUGGUCUACCUGUUGGGGUACUGCGGCUGCCUAAAGGUCCUGAUGGUACUAAAGGAUUCCACAAUGGACAUGAAAGAAGGAAGGCUAUGAAGAACUAAUACAUUAUUCUUUAAAAACAAUCUCACAACUCAGUCACCUGCUUUUGCUCAAGCCUGGUGAAAAACUGUCACUUGAGUGACCGAGUCAGUAUUUAAAGGAUUUUGUAUUCCUAUAAAGACUUUAUAAUUUGUAUAUUCAUUUUGCAGAAUCACAGAAUAAUUGUGGUUGAGAGGCAUCUCUGGAGAGUGUCCAGUCCACCUCCUUUGCUCAAGCAGGGUCCACUGAAGCAGGUUGCUUAGGGUUUCAACUAUCUGCAAGGACAGAGAUUCCCCAACCUGUCUGGGCAAUGUCUUCCCAUGUUCCACCACCCACAUAGUAAAAAGUGUUGCCUUAUUCCACCUUAUUCAGGUGGAAUCUCCCAUGUUUGAGUUUGUGCUCCAGUUCCUGGGUAUCACUGAGAGGGGCCUAGCUCCAUUUGCUCUGCUCCUUCCUAUCAACAAUGAGAUCCACUCCCUAAGCUUUCUCUUCCCCAGUCUGAACAGCCCCAGCUCACUGGGCCUCUCAUUGGAGAUGCAUCACUCUCUUAAUCACCUUACACACUUACCCGAUGCAGUGCCCUUACCAGCAGUACUAGUAUUAUGUUUAAUGUCUUAGUCUGAAAUACUAAAUACUGAACCAGGCAUAUAAAUAAUACACGAAACCACAUUAUUCACAAAGCUAUGAUCCUGAAGAGCAGCAUGUAAAUACUUAACAGUUGAGCAGCUGUGUUAUGAUAAGGUGUGAUACCUUACCAGCCUAAUCAUAAGGAGUAGAGGUUUUGAAGACUUCUGUGUUUGUUUCAAAAGGAGCUCUGAGAAACUUAACACUACUGUGAGCAGCAGCUCUCUGCUCGCACACAUCACCAAAGACAAUACUAACCAAAAUGGACCAAAAUGUGUAUUUUCAUGUGAUGUGAAUACAGACUUUGAGCAUUGGAGACAGUUCUGUAAGUGUUGUAAGAUGGAAAUAAAUGAAAAUAUUAACUCUG